CUACCGCAUUCUGUUGGGGCUUUUUAUCGCGUUGAGAUUUAUCGCACUCAGAAGGAGAUUCGUGAAAGUUCUGCUGAUAAGGUGAUGGUGCGUCUAUUCUAGAUGCUCGCUUAUCUUAUCUUGAGAAACUUUUUGGCAGUCUUUGAGGCCAAAAUGGUGAAAAUUGUCGUGUUUAGUGUACUUUUUUGUGUCGUGGCGGUUAAUUGUGCCAGCCCAAGUACGAUUGAUUGGUGCCAAAUGGAGGAGAAGUAUUGCAAUGGGAGGGAACAUAUUGCCUGUGAACCCAAUAGCUUUGAAUACGAUCCAGAUUCCAGUGGCAUUGAGAUUGUGCGAAUGAGCAAGGAGCUGAAGAAAGUUGCCGUGGAUACGCACAAUCGGCAUCGAAGUAGUGUAGCUUCCGGGAAGAUUCCCGGUCUUUCCAGUGCCACGAAAAUGGAGAAGAUGGUGUGGAAUGAUCAUCUUGCCUACGUGGCUGAGCAGCAUGUCAAACAUGGGAACUUCGAACAUGAUCAAUGCAGAUCAUUCGCACAGUUUCCGCUUUCGGGACAGAAUCUCGGUAUAAUCUACUCGUCCAUUCCACUGAGGAAUCUCUCACAAACCCUCGAGGAUCACAUUAAUCUCUUCUUUGACGAACUCACCAUCGUCAGGGACUCCAUGCCGUCCUGCAUUGAUACUUUCACAUCCUACAGCCCUGCUUGUAUUGAAGCUGGACACUUUACAGUAAUGGUCAAAGAUAUCAAUAAUGCUGUGGGGUGUGCAAUGGCCAAAUUCCAAGCUAUCUACACAGGAAGGCCCUACUUCACAGUGCUAACAACCUGCAACUAUGCCCACACAAAUCUCAUUUCCCACCAAAUCUAUGCCAGAGGAAAGCCGUGCUUGGAAUGUGCUUCCAUUGGGAAAUCCUGCGAAAAAGCAACGAAACUCUGUGUGUGACACGCACUGCCAGCUACGGGUCAAUAAGCACGCAAAGAUAUUUCAAGCAUCUACGUUCUCAAUAGCUGUGUUACAAUUUAUUUAUUUACUUACCUUUGUAUUGAUGAAAAAAUGCAGCAGUUUAGUUUUUCCACUUCAUGCUUGCAAUUUGUUCUAAAAAAACAAUUCAAAUUUAUUUAACGUUAAUUUUGUGUGAAAUUUCUUCUAUCCUAACUCGAUUGAAUUUAAUUAAAUAGCCCAAUGUUCCCAGAUUUUUUUUUAAUAAGAAUUAAUAAAACAAUUUUUAUUGAAGAA